CCACCAUGGCCAUGGCAAGCUCUUCCGAUGAAGAAGACAAAGGUCAUAAGCAAGGUCUUAACAAGCCUAGUGGAGAAUUCAUACCUGCUACGCAAGAGAACUCUUCACAGAUAAGGUUAUCUUUUGCGAACCUUCCACAGGUUUCCCAUCGGACGUAUGGAGCCCUCGCUCCACCUUCUACCCCAGUCAACCAAAGCCCUGAAGCAUCCACUUGUUCUCCACACGCAAAUGAGACGGGCGACAGCAAAGGAGCACCGAUACCAUCUCACAUGGCCUUGAAGAUAAACCUCUCCUUAGCCAAUCGCGGAAGCGUCGCGAGAGACCAUCUAGCCUCUGAACGCACUUUUCUCGCUUAUGUCAGAACGAGUUUAGGGAUUGCGUCCUCCGGCGUUGCGCUCAUGCAAUUCUUCAAUGUUGGAGUGAAAACGAAGGCCAUCUCUCAACCGCUUGGGGCCACUAUCAUUUUCAUGGCAAUCAUUGUCCUAUCUCUUGGGACCCGACGAUACUUCGCCAUUCAGACAGCACUGCCGCGAGGCCAAUUCCCCAUUUCAAGAUUUGGAAUAGCGAUUGUGGGUUUUAUGAUUGGGUCUGUCAUAACGGCGACCUUUGGCAUGUUACUUCCAGAUCGAAUUCGGGGAUCCUAAGGUCUGACUACCUAUUUCAUGCAAACCGAUUUGAGCAGCCGAUGAUGCUUCUACGGCGGGGAUGGCAGGGAAACACUCCAGGAUGCGGAGGGAGGUCAAUAUUACAGACGAUUGGAAAUCCUGGAUUACUUAUGAUUCUAACGAAACUCAUCACGAACGUACGAUGUAAAUAUAAAGCUCCUCUAAAUGC